UCAGGUCUACAACUCCCCAUUCUCUCAUCUGAAAAAUACUUUUGUAGUUCAGAUUUAUAAUUACACAUUUUUGUUCGUAAAUACUGCAGGUAAUACGAAGGACUAAUCAAAAGCAAGCAAAAGAUGGCUCAUAAGGUGGAAGCACAAGGAGGUAUGGGAGGAGCUGUAUGGGAUGAUGGUGUUUACGACGGUGUCAGAAAGGUGCAUGUAGGGCAAGGCCAAGAUGGUGUGUCGUUUAUCAACGCUGUGUACGAGAAGGAUUCACAGGAGGUUGUUGGAGGUGAACAUGGAAAGAAGUCACUAAUUGGAAUCGAAACGUUUGAGGUCGAUGCGGACGACUACAUCGUAGCAGUGAAGGUGACCUACGACAAAAUAUUUGGCUAUGACUCAGACGUAAUCACAUCUAUUACCUUCAUUACAUUCAAGGGAAAAACCUCACCACCCUAUGGAUUGGUUACCGAAAACAAGUUUGUACUCGAGGACAAAAAAGGUGGCAAGAAGUUUGUACUCAAGGGUAAAAAUGGUGGCAAACUUGUUGGGUUCCAUGGACGUGCUGGCGAAAUCAUAUAUGCUCUUGGAGCGUAUUUCACUACAACCACAACUCCUUUGACACCAGCCAAGAAACUACCGGCUGUUGGUGGUGACGAGGGAAUUGCAUGGGAUGAUGGUGCUUACGAUGGUGUUAAGAAAGUGUAUAUAGGGCAAGCCCAAGAUGGUAUAUCAGCCGUAAAGUUUGUGUACGACAAGGGUGCUAAGGAUAUUGUAGGAGAUGAACAUGGAAAUGAUACUCUACUUGGAUUUGAAGAGUUCAGACUUGACUAUCCAAGUGAAUACAUCAUCGCAGUUGAAGGCACAUACGAUAAAAUCUUUGGUAGUAAGGCCGAAGUCAUAAACAUGCUUAGGUUCAAGACUAAUAAGCGAACUUCCACGCCCUUUGGAAUGGAAGCUGGCACAGCCUUCGAGCUCAAAGAGGAAGGUUACAAGAUCGUCGGAUUCCAUGGAAAAGUCAAUGAGUUGCUUCAUCAGUUUGGAGUCCAUGUCCUUCCAGUCACCAAGUGAUCAUUCUUAUAUUCGACCAAAUUCGUCACUUGUGACACAUCUUGAUUAAAGUUUCUUUUAAUUCUGCUUAUGUUUGUUUAUGUUAUAAUUAGUGUUUUUACGCAUGGUCUCUUUUGUGAAGCUGUUAUGUAUUUGAUGUUAUAUGUGAUUUGAUUGGCUUUAAUAAAGGUGUUUGAUUCAAUUAUGUUA